CCUCAGAGGAGAAAUUGCUCACAAAGGGAGGUUGCCCUGGCUAAUUAUUACCUCUCCCUGACCAGGAGGACUCUCAAAGGAAAUGUCCUCUGCCCUUUGCAUGGUACCAUCCUCCUUUUGUAGAGCACCAACUGGGUGACCUCAAGAUGUUCUAACACAGCUCAGGAGUCACCUCUCCUUUGGAGCCAAAUCCGGAGGAAAUUGCUCACUUCCAGUCUUGUGUCCAGACCAGACUUGGUGGCCAUUCCUCCUUCUCUCCUGCCAACUUCCUUUCAUUUAUCUCCUACAUUUCAGGUGACCUCACUCAAGAGUUCAGCCAUGUGUUUCAAAAUGGGGACGUGCCUGAAGAUCAAGGACAGCUAUUGCUUCAAGAAAUGGCCGGUUGAAUAUUCCUGGGAUGAGGACAGAAAAAGUACCAGCAGUGAGGAGAAAAACAGCAGUCACAGGAGCUCUCUGCCAGGUGUGGCCACAGCUGUCCAGGAUGGAGAGGCGAAGAAGGUCAAAAUUAGCAUCCUCCACAAAAUGAAGCGGGCGUCCGGCGCCUGCAUCAGGUACACCUUGGCUCACACUGUCGGCCGCUGGCUGCUUUAUCCUGGUUCUGUCGAUCUCUUGAACAAAGUCCCGCUGAAGCUGCUGCUGAAUGGGAGGACCCGCCUGAUGGAGGACUUUCAUGGGAAGCGGGCCAAGCUGGUGGCUUGCGAUGGGAACAAGAUUGACACCAUGUUUGUGGACCGGCGAGGAAAUAACUCUGGGAAGCUGGGAAUGCAGCUGGUGAUAAGCUGCGAAGGGAACGGCAGCUUUUACGAAGUGGGGUGCUUCAUCACCCCGUUGAAGGCUGGGUAUUCCGUCCUGGGAUGGAACCAUCCUGGCUUUGCCAGGAGCUCAGGAAAGCCGUAUCCCCAGAACGACAUCAACGCCAUGGACGUGGUCAUCCGGUACGCCGUGCACCGUCUGAAUUUCAAUCUGGGGGAUAUUGCUAUCUAUGGUUACUCCUUGGGAAGCUACACCGCUACCUGGGCUGCCAUGGCUUACCCAGAGUUGGGAGCCCUGGUUCUCGAUGCCUCCUUUGAUAGCUUGCUCCCUUUGGCCGCCAAGAUGGUAGCUAAGCAGGUGAGGAAGCUGGUGAUCCGGACGAUCAACGAGCACUUUAACCUCAACGUGGCGGAUAUGCUGCACCGCUAUCAAGGGCCGGUGCUCCUCAUCAGGAGGACUUUUGAUGAAAUCACCAGCACCCAGUUCCACCUGGAGAACCACCUUCCCAUGAUCCAGACCAAUCGUGCCAAUGAGCUACUCCUGCAGAUCUUAAGAUGCCGUUAUCCUAACAUCAUCUCUGGGGUGGAGGACGUGGUCCACCAAUUGCUCACUGCCGACUGCCCUCGCGUGGAACACUUCAUCUACUACCACUUCUACCGGGUUGAUGACAACUGGUGUCUCGAUCAACUGAAGACCUAUCAGUCCAUCCUUGGAAGUAAGGCUGAAUUCCCGUGGAAAGUCGGGAGUGACUUAACGUCGGCCAGGAAGAAGCACCUGGCUUUGUUCCUGGCCAAGAAACAUCUGAAGAAUGUGGAGAUCACCCACGGGAAAACUUUACCCCCGGAAGAAUUUGAGCUGCCCUGGAAGCUCUAGCUAGGCUGGCAGAUGGUGGUUUGAUAGAAGAGUAAGAGAGAGAAAUAAAAGCUAGGAUACAUCAUUGUCUAUUGUUGCUCUGAGAUGUUUGUCUAAGGAUGAAGAGCGUAUGACUCAAAGGUGGACAGGAAAUCAACGUUCUGCUUCUCAAAGAGCUGAGGAAUGGACUGGCUGGGUCCACCCAGGAGAUUUAACCAUGACAGGUAAAGAUCUACUGAUGUCAUGUGCACCAAACCUGGUUAACGAUAAGCUUGGCUGGUUGGGGCGACGGUGGUUUUUGCUUUAUGAUUCAUUAUUUUGUCUAAACUCAGCCAAUGGAGUCACUUCAUAAUCAGGUGAAGCACAUUGAGAAAAUGCAGCUUUAGCACAGCUAAUCCUUGACUUACGACUACAGCUGAGCCCAACAUUUCCCUUGAUAAAUGAGACAGUUGUUAAGAGAGCUCUGCUCCGUAUUGCAACAUUUCUUGCCCCGGUUGUUAAGUGAAUCACUGCACUUUUUCACACAUACAACCGUUGCAGCAUCUCCAUGGUCAGCUGAUCAAAAUUCAAACACUUGGCAACUGGCAUGUACUUAAGAUGGUUGCAGUGUCCCCCGGGGUCACGUGAUCCCCUUCAGACAAGCAAAGUCAAUGGGGAAGCUGGAUUCUCUUCACAAUUGUGUUGCUAACUUAAUAACUGAAGGGAUAACAACUAUGCAAGGAGAAGUGGGGCAAAACUCACAACGACUGUCUCACUUACCAACUGAAAUUUGGGGCUCCGUUGUGGAGCAAAAACGCCCCUGUUGGAAUUUAGGAAUCGUGUGAAAAUACAGGAGCUCUUACGACGCGGUGAUCCUUUCCAUGCUUUGAAACAGACAGAGCCCAUUCGCUUUCUUGAACGUUCUUCAUCUUCCUCAGAACUUUGUGGGACAAAAAACAAAAAAAAACAUCGGUAGCCCCCCAAAUUCCAGCCGCUCUGAGCCUUGAAUUGGUUGCGUUUCCUCCCUCUUCAUUCUUUUUGGGCAAUCUUCCUUUGCCUUGGUGUAAAACUAAUUGGGGAACUUUCCUGCACAACUUAGUGUUGCUCGUCAAUAAAGGAGACUAUUCGUAGCCUGGGAUUGAAAUGAGCGGCCCUUGGUCGCUCUCUGAGCUUGGUGGCUUCCCUGCAGACGUUUCACGAGUCAAACUAGGUAAC